AACCCCAUAACCUCUUUGUGGUUCUCGAAGGAAACGUCAUCAUUGUGCGUCCUUUAAUGAGACUGCACUAGCUUCAUUCCGUCAUGUUUACCGUCUAAUUCGGCGUCCUGGGGCUUCUUCGUCGUCCUACGUGAGCCGUUGAGUCGCCGUUUUUAGGCGCUCGGGCGCUUUGGUUACAUCUUUCAGCUUCAACUCUUUCAUUUAAGUAGCUUACAAACAUGGAGUCCGGCGAGGCCAGCGAGGAGAGAGCGGGCUCCGUGUCAGCGGCUCAGCGGAGAGCGGAGAUCCGGAGGAGAAAACUGCUCAUGAAUUCAGAGGACCGGAUGCACAGAAUCGUCGGAUUUUCCAAAAAUGACUCUGAUAAUAACGCAGGAGCCCCCCGCCGUCCGACAGAGCCCCGCUUUCACCUGGAUCUGGACCGGACAGAGCCGUGGUCCUCGUCCUCGACUUCGCAGAGGUCGUCCCCCUUCCUGCCGGAGGUGUCUGGACGCGGCAGCCUGUCCCUGUCCGCCACCCCGGAACGACGGGGGUCGCCCCUGCUGGACAGCAGCGAGCCAGCCGGGGCGUCCCUGGACGACGACGUCGGAGGCCUGAGGCAGAGAGCCAAGGGGGAGCGGGCGGCGUCGGUGGACCUAAGCGGCUCGCCGCGGCGGGGCCUCCACAAGUACCUGUCCCGUUUCGACGACGCCAUGAAACUCCGCAGCCAGCUGGCCAGCGAGAAGCCGGCUCAGGACGGAGGGCCGGACACUGAGGAGUUUGAUCCGUUCAGGCUCUUCAGGCUGGUGGGCAGCGUUCUGCUGGCCGUGUUCGUCAGGGUCUUCGUCUGCAAGUACCUGGUGAGUCUUACUCCUGCGCGAUCAAUAUUUGCUCCAUUUCUGACUCUUGAACUGGCCUACAUGGGAUUGUCUAAAUACUUUCCAAAGGUUGAGAAGAAGACCAAGACCACCGUGCUGACCGCUGCCCUGCUGCUGUCCGGCAUCCCCGCCGAGGUCAUCAACCGCUCCAUGGAAACCUACAGGAGGAUGGGGGACGUUUUCUCCGAUCUCUGCGUCUACUUUUUCACCUUCAUCCUGUCUCACGAGAUUUUGUUGCUCUUCGGCUCGGAGGCUCCUGACGGACAGGGGGCCCCUCAGUAAUCCCGCACCGCCUCUACUCACCGUUCCCUCCCUUCCGCUCCCCAGCACCCUCUGGAGCUCCUUUUGUUAUCAGCAGCAGUGGAAGUGAAUCGCCUGCUGCCCCGCGAUAAGGGCCGCCUUCGUAAUUUCUCUAAAACUCUUGAGCUGAUCUAGGAGUUUGAUACAGGGCCCACGGGUUGCUAUUUACAGUUUGUGUUCAAGGGGUGUGUGAGAAAUGUGCAAUGACAUGCGCUGACGUUUAUUUGGAAGGGCACGAGCAGGCACAAGAGUAUGCAAGACAAAUUUCGUCACUGAUCUACAAGCACGCCGUUCCGGUCAAAAUUCAAUGGAUGUCGGAAAAAGACACCCACUGGGGUCUUUUCAAAGGUUUGUGAAAUGAUGGAUCUUCUUUUGUGACGAACGUGAAAAAAAUGUUUGGGAAAGAAAGCUCACAAAGACGGAUUUCACACACCAAGCGAGGCUCUCCGUGGCUGAGUUGUUUGUUAAAACGCGAAUCUCAUUUGUGAUCAGUGUGAUAAAGUUGUGUACCUCCUGCUUAAAUUCAGUGUCCUUUUUAUCAUAAGCCGGAGCAGUUUGGCAUGUUUCUGAAAAACCUUUGUGCGGAACUGACCUUGUAAUGAUGGGGAAAACGUGAUCUAUUCGAGGUUAUUUGUAUGACGCAAUAACCCACAUUCUCCUCUGAUGUUUACUGGAUGUGUCACUCACAUUUGAGACCCCCCUGCGACAUAAUCGGCUCCAGACCAUGAUACCCGCAAGCUUGGAUCCUCCUCAGAGAUGAAAGGGGACGCAGAAGAAAUUUGGAGGCAGCUUCUCUACCCCACCGUCAUGGUUUUGUCAGGUUAUUUGAGGGUGGCGGCUUUUCCUCCACUAAAUAGUGCGUUCUCAGGAUAAAAUUCCUUUCAAAAGGAGAGCCACAGGAAAGUCCAUGUUCUGAUUUUUUUUCCUGAGACCGAGCUCUACUUGAAGGACCUUGAAGUUAGUUUACACCUUAAGGUUCUAGUCUUUAGUGUCUGUUUUUCCGGUAGUUUUUUGGUGAUUAUGUUUUGGAACUUAAGGACAGUGAUGACGAGUGGGGGUAAAGGUUGUCACUUAAGUUAUUAGAAAAAGGAUAAAGAAAAUAAAGUCCCUAUGUUUAAAUGGAAGUGAACUGCCAUCACUAACAAAUGGAAGAGGGUUGUGAAUGUACUUGAGCCUCUUAAUAUUUCUGGUUUUGCGCUACAUUUCUACAGUUUCUUCUGAUGUCCUAAAACUUCGUCUUGAGCAGUCAACAGAAAUUAAAACAAGAAUAAAAGCUAACUAAACUCAUCACCAAAAUAUCUGUUCUUCCAGGUUGGGAAGGGAAGGUAUUUUUCCUUCCAUUGAUGAUGCUUUGAAGACAGAUUGAUUCUGAUGUUCUACACUUCACAACUCUAGAUCCCUAAUCCGGAGCAGAAACCUUUGUGUUUUGUUGGGAAAGAGGUCCUAAGGACUAGUGCGUCGCAAAGAGGAACCCUGAUGGAGGUCGAAAAAUGUCAUGCUCAGGUUCCUGAAUGAUUUAAUGUAUUCUGUUGCUGUAAAAAAUAUAUAUAUCAGACACCUGCUUCUGUGGAGUAAUUCAGAGGACCUCUGAAUAUCACUACCUGCUCCCCUAUCGUGGGAACAGGCCAGCAGACAGAUGCUGCUUUAACUCAUUAACCAUCUGGAAUUCUUUCUGAUGUUUAGGCUACUAAUGUGUAGAGUUUAUGUAUAUGGUGUUUAUGUCUUACAGAAAAAUGGUAGAGAAGGCCUGAUGGAAUGGGUGUAAACAGACUGAGGACAAAGCUUAUGUCUUGACUGAAAGUCUCUUAGAUUGCUGUAUGUUGGUGAUUUAAAAAGAACAGUGUUCUCUUUAGAAAGUUAUCUCUUCAUUCUUCAGCAGAACCUGAAGCAGCGGCUGCCAGGUGUGUUUUAGCAACUUGAAUUUAAUGGAUGUGAAUUUACUGUAUCUGUGACUGCUUUAGCUUGUAUUCACUGCUGUGCUCUGAGGUCCAGGGUGCAGCUGCUUCAUGAACAAGUUUACCUUUGUUAUGUCUGAUUAAGCAUUUAAUCCUGCAAUUAAAGGUAUUAUUCUGAACUUCAGCACAUUGGGAAUGUUUCUGGUUUGUACCGGAAAGAAACGUUUGUGUGUCUCAUUGAGAGUUUGUUGCUUCUUUUUUGUUGAGUAACUAUGGUGAUGUGUGUUUUGCUUUGCUUUGUCCAAACUCAUGCAAUUAAACUUUCCUUACAAAAUACUCUAUUCUUCCCUAUUUACUAUUUAAUCUAAUUGCAUUUUGGUAAUGCACAUUUUUAUUUCUGUGUAAAUAGACUGGGAUCUAUCCAUCAAGUGUACUUGAUUUGUCUUUUUCCCUCCUCAUUUCAUGAACUCAUUUAAAAUAAACAUGUCUCAUGUGAUCAACUUUCAUUUUCUGGUAUUUGACUAAUUUCUUAGUCUAUUUAGAAAAUAUACAAUGGGAAACUCAGCUACUAUUUUAAGGUCAUACUUUAACACAAAACAUUAACUGACAUUUUAUUAAUUUAUUUUACUGAAUGCUUUUUAGGACAGGUAGGCUACCAAAAUAUUUUUAUGUAUGAUCACAUAUAUGUUCUAUAUAUGAUCUCAGAAGGGGAUUCUAUUAUAUGAGUUAUUAUAUGGAAUAAAUAUGUAUGUGUGUGUGCAUACUUCAAA